AUGGAUGCCCGAAUCGGGCUGGAGUACAUCAUCGAGAACAACGACUACGUGAACAAGUUGGGUCUCGCGCUCGACACCAACAAUGUCACGGUUAAGAAGCAAAUUUUCGAGCUGCUGUCGACGCUGUGCGCCUUCAGCGGCAACGGGUACAAGCGAGCCAUCGAAACACUCGAGCACUACAAGAACAUCAAAGGUGAACGGUAUCGGCUGAAUCUGGUCGUGGCCGAGCUGGACAAGGCGACCGCCGUGGAAUACCAAAUAGCGCUGCUGGCGUUCGUCAACUGCGUCAUCAUUUCGGCCGGUUCGCUCAAGGAUCGGAUACGAAUGCGCAACGAAUUUAUCGGAUUAAACCUCAUACCAGUAUUAAAUAACUUAAGGCGCACGGCCAGCGGCGUACCGGAUAUAGCCUCACAGAUUGAGGUGUUCGACGAGCAGCAAGAAUGCGACGUAGCCCAGAGCCUCCAGGUGCCGGACGGAAUCGACCUCAACUCGCAUCUGGAUGUCUUUAACGCGAUCCUAGCGCAGGUGGCCGGCACACCGCAAGCAACGCCUUUUCUAAGCAUCCUCCAGCACCUGCUGCAGAUCGACCCGAAGGAGCAGAUCAGCGACAUCGUGUGGGACUCGGCCGAAACGCUCGUGCACCGGGCCACGCUGCUCGAGGACCGGGAAGCCUCGGUGCGGCUCCUGCGCACCCCGAGCGUCCAGAAGUUCUUCACGACGUGCCCGCACUGCCGCGGAGACCUGAACACCGGCCCGGUCCCGCGCCGUCCCUCGCUCGGCAGCUCCCUGCAGGGGUCGUCGUCCCCGAGCAGCACCACGUUCGGUCCGCCGGCUCCGCCACCCCCCGCACCACCGCCGCCGUUGGCUCCUCCACCGCCACCACCACCCGGCUGUGGAGCGCCUCCGCCGCCUCCACCACCGCCCGCCGCCGGUGGUCGAGCGCCACCACCCCCGAUGGCCGGUGGUCCGCCGCCGCCUGCACCGCCGGCCCCGCCGGCACCGAACCUGCUCGCCGUCCAGAGCACCGCCCAACAGCUGGCCCGCUCGAAAACGCCCGAGGAGCCGGUGGAGCUGGCGGUGCGCCCGCUACCCCAGCAGGAAACGCCCGUGCCGCGGUCCAAGAUGAAGACGAUCAACUGGAACAAGAUUCCACCGCAGAAGGUGCUCGUCGGCAAGCAGAACAUCUGGUCGAUCGUGGCCGACUCGCACCAGGGCAGCCCGAUGGCCGACCUGAACUGGGACGAGAUGGAGGGUCUGUUCUGCCUGCAGACGCAAACGCAGGGCUCGCCGAAGCUCGGACACCGCUCGGGGACGGCGGUCGGCGGUUGCGCCGAUGGCGCCGGGAGCAACGGCACCGAUACGCCCGAUGCGCGCAAGUCGCGCAAGGAGAACGAGAUCACGCUGCUGGACGGCAAGCGGAGCCUGAACGUGAACAUCUUCCUGAAGCAGUUCCGCACCACGAACGAGGACAUCAUCCAGCUGCUGCGGAACGGCGAGCACGAGGACAUCGGGGCGGAGAAGCUGCGCGGCCUGCUGAAGCUGCUGCCCGAGAUGGACGAGCUGGAGAUGCUGCGGGCGUUCGACGGCGACAACCAUCGGCUCGGCAACGCGGAAAAGUUCCUGCUGCAGCUCGUCCAAGUACCCAACUACAAACUGAGGAUCGAAAGUAUGCUGCUGAAGGAGGAGUUCAAAGCGAAUCUGAUGUACUUGGAACCCAACAUUAACGCCAUGCUGUAUGCGGGCGAAGAUCUGAUCAACAACAAAGCGCUCCAGGAGGUCCUGUACAUGGUGGUGGUGGCCGGUAACUUCCUCAACUCGGGCGGGUACGCGGGCAACGCGGCCGGCGUGAAGCUGUCGUCACUGCAGAAGCUCACCGACAUCCGGGCGAACAAGCCGGGCAUGAACCUGAUCCACUUUGUGGCGCUGCAGGCGGAGAAAAAGAACAGCGCCCUGCUCGAGUUCCCCGCCCAGCUGACGAUGCUGGAGAACGCAACCAAAACGACCGUCGAGCAGAUCAACAACGAGCUGACCGCUAUCGACAAUCGGAUCAAAAAGAUCAAGAAGCAGAUCGAGAUGCCGAAGACGGACAAGGACAUCAAGUUCCAGAUGGAAGAGUUUCUGAAUGCGGCCGAGCAGGACGUCACGAUGCUGCAGCGGGCGCUGAAGCAGCUCGACGCGAUGCGCGUCCAGCUGGCGGAGUUCUUCUGCGAGGACGUGGGCACGUUCAAGAUGGAGGAGUGCUUCAAGAUUUUCCACAGUUUCUGCGAAAAGUUCCAGCACGCCGUCAAGGACAACGAGAAGCGCCGGGUGCAGGAGGAGCAGGCAACGAUCCGGCGGAAGCAGCGCGAGGAAACGCUCCGCAGAAGGCAAUCGAACCAACAACCGGGAACGCCCGUGUCCGACUCGGAGGGCAGCAUCCUGCUGGACGCGUCCCAGUACGAUCUGCGCUACAGUCCGGCCAUGUCCCGGCGGCGGCUCGGUUCGUUCAACAGUAACGGCGAUGCGUUGCUGCUGCGUGACGAUUGCGCUUCGCCGGACAUCACGCCGAACGGGAGCCUCCGGAGGCGACGCAGCCGCGUCCUGUCCGAGGAGGACGACAGUAAUCUCAUGGACUUUCUGCGCUCGUCCGGCCACGAGAGCAGCAACCGGGAGCGCAAGUCGGCCGCGUACGGCAGCCUUGAUCGCUCCUGGGCACGUCGGGCCCGAUCCGGCAGUGGCAGCAAGAAGCGUCCGGAUCUGCUGAACGUGCAGUUCGGUGCCGACCGGGAGCGGCCCAGCUCGCCGUCGCCACAGACCGAAUCGAAGCCGCUUGCUGUGGAAGAACCAAAACCAAGAAUUUCCAGGGAAUGGCGGCAGAAGAUCGAGUCGUGGCUGCAGGCGAACGAACAGGACGAUCGGCACAACGACGACUACAAGCAGCUGAAGCUGAAGCGCGUGGCGGCCAAUCGGCGCUCGUACGAAACCGAUAACGAGAGUGACCGGGGCAGCAAGCUGGACCCGCUGCCGGAGGAGAAACCACCGACGGUGGCAUCGCCGGAGCCAGCGGCCGUUCCGAGGAUCAUCACCACGGGCUCAGGCGCAACAGCGGGGGCGCCGGCUGCGGACCAGCAGCGGAUGUUCGGCGGGGAACCCAAACCGUACCGGCCCGUGUACCAGCCUUGGCGCUCCAAGAGCCGACCCGAUCCGACCGAUAUCGUUGGUACGAUAGAGGCCUUAACAGGUGCGGUCUCACCGGAUGCGGACAAGUCGUCGUUGCGCAAAUCGAUGCUCAACACCUCGCCGACGACGGCGACGGAGAGCGACCGAGAGCGGUAUCGGCGGCAGCGGUCACGCGAAGGGCCCAACCCGAGCUCCAGCUUGCAGUCGAUUCUGGAGGAGGACAAGCGCAAGAACAUCAUUCAGUCGCUGGGCGAACGGCCCCCGUCCGAUCGGCUGCAGAUCUACAUCCGGCGUGGUUCCGACAACCAACCGGACAGUGCUGGACCCUCACCGACCACCCACGGUGGCACGGAGGUUCCGAUCGAGUCGACCGGCGGAGACGACCACCGGCAGUCGAUUUACAUUCGGGCUCCGGGCGCCGAAAAGCAAUCCAUCUACGUUCGGCCGGUCGAAGCCGCUCCAUCGUCGUCCACGGUAUCGUCCAGCACGACCAGCAUGACUUCCGGCUCGGAACUGCCCGUGCCUGCCGAUGGUGGCAGCAGCACGUCACCUUCCUCGGCCGGAGCCGUGGCACCACCGUUGCCACGACGCACGCGCCGUGCCCACCACGUGUACGAGGAGCCGACGGCCGCGACGAACAACAAGAUCGAGAUCGAUUCCGACAACAUCGAGACACCGCCCUCGGUCCGGCGCAAUCCGGGAGGCAGCACGAGCGUGACGGUCGGUGGAGGGUCGUGUCGCCGGUUGCACCACCACCAGGCCAGCCGUGCGGGAGACUCGGUUGACUCGAAGGAGUCGCUGGCUACGCUCAACGACUCCGGCAAGGGUGGCUCUUCGGCGGGUGCCGUCGGGACAUCAGCCGCCGCCGCCGCCGUCGACCUGGUGGAAGUUCUCGGCGAUGGGCAGUUUGAUCGAUUUUCGUCCGCCCGUCGAACGAGACGCUUCAAGCGGCCAAUCGAGCUGGGUACCGGGGCCGGUAGUGGCAACGAAACGACUACGACGGCCACGACGACGACGGCUUCCCCGUCACCGGAAUCGCUGCCGGACAGUCCGCUCCGGCUUCCCGGCAGCAGUGUAUCGAGCCGCGGAACCGUACCGGGAACAACCGGGAAGGACGGUGUGAAGAAGGAGCAGGAACAACGCUUGAAACGGUGGCAGGACAAACUGAAGUCGUCCUCGACGACCACGACGACGACGACCCCGUCGACGGUGGCGGGAAGUGGCCGGGACUCGCCCCGAUCGCACGCCGAAGCCGUGCUGAAUCGGGCGAGCAAAAUCGGUCGCACCAUCAGCCGCAUCAGCCAGGAGGACGUUCGGGAGGCGAUCCGUGGCCUCAAGUCGCCCACACCCGAGCGCACCUGGAGCCCCACGAAGGACAUCCACUCGGGGCUGGUGAGCGUGGCGAAGGUGGCCGCAACCCACGAGCUGAACGACGAAGGGUUCGAGGAAACGCAAAGCCUCGUCUCGGACACACCGUCCCAGGGUAAGGACAGUGUGUCCUCAUGCAACGAUUACGGUUCCGACACCAAGAGCAAGCGAUCGACGGUGCCGAGCGGUGGUAAGAUGGCCCCGUCUUCGGACUCCACCACUGGAGGACCUCUCAGCCGGAGUAAGGUGACCACCAGCACCGGGAACCGGGCCCCGAGCAUGGCCAGUUUGUUGAUGGUGAAAAACGGUCAACCUUCGUCGACGACCGGCCUCGAACGUAGCCGUUCGCUGCGUGGCGCACCGCUUGGGGCGCCGGCUUCAGCCAGCGGAGGCAACAAGAAUCUCCUGCCCCGCAGAACGGCCUCGAUGCGCCGGACAACGGGUGGGCCGCCGGAGAGUUCCACGGCCGGCAGCGGACUACGCGCGUUGGCCGCCCUAUCGCAGGACGUCGAACGGAGCAACUCGCGGACGAGCCUGCGUUCGUCGCGUUCGUCGCUGAGCAGCGCGGUGUCGACCAACACCGUGCGCAAGGUGCCGGCCUUGCGCGGCAAGGGCUCCACGACGCCGCUCUCUAACAACUCGAGCCCACUGCACGCCGCUUCCACACUGUCCGCCAACAGUUCCCCUUCGAAGCGCCCGCUCGGAACGGCCACUAGCAACGUUCACCGGGGAGCGCCGGCCAGCCGGAGUAGCUCCAGUGGCUCGAGCAUCGGGCCCUCGGCGGUCGUCGUCCGGAAGCCACCACCGACCCGCUCGGCGGCCAGUUCACUCGGCGCUAGUGCUAGCUUUAAGGAGAACCACCACAACGGCAGCAGUCACCAGCCGAACGGGCGGUUUGCGUCGUCAGUCGGUAGCAAGUCGACCAGCAGUGGCAGUCUGGCCGGAUCCGGGGCCGGUGGUGUGAGCCCCACGCCCCUCACCGCCGGCUCAGGACGUGCGUCGGCCGGUGGGGCGGCUCCGGUGGCGGGUGCGGGCCGUCGGGCCACCGGGGGCUUCAUGCGACCCACUACCUCCAGUGCCACCAAAGUGAAGGGAAAGUAAGGCUCCGGUAUCCGCCAAACGUGUAGGGACCGGUUUGGUCCUUUAUUUUUGCACCAUGUU